AUGCCUGCUCACGACAAGUUUGCCGCCAUCGUGACCUCGAAACGCCUCUUGAAGGACUUGCGCCAGUUGUCGCCCGACACCCAGACAUUUUCUCUGGAGUCAUUUCACAACGUCUUGAAUGGGUUCGCUCCUAAGUCGACAGCAUUCUCAUCAGAGGGCAUGCUUGCCAGGACCCGCCUGGCAGCACUGCACUUUAAUGAGAAUGCGGAACGUCAACAAGCGAUGACGAAAGAUGGAGAACAUCAGUGGAAAGUGAAGUCACCGAAGGCAAGGAAGGGGCACCAUGUCGUGUGUCCAGUGAAGACAGAGAUAACAUAUGGCUAUGUCCAGGAGCUGAUGGCUGUGGUUGUUGGAAUGUGUGGCUCUUCAACCUUUCUGAAGAAGUUCCAGGCCACAAGAACACCUCCAAAGCCAAAUAUGAGCGACCAAUCGGAACGGCCAUCAAAAAAAGAGUUAAUUGACUCCAGAGUCAGCCGCUUUGCCAAGGCGAAGCCGCAGAUUGUGUAACUUAUCAUUACGAUCUGAACUACCAAUAUCAUGUGGCUCUCUUCAGCUGUCUUCUACUUAAAACAUUUUUUAAAUUUAUUUAUAAUAUACCGCAGGCCAGUGAUGGGCCCAAGCAGGAAUGGAUGCUGUUUUUCUUCACACGGUACUUAGAAUUUAUACAUAAAACGAAAAGGAGGGGCGAUUGAAAACACAUAAACUACAUAAAAC